AUGGUGCUUCUCGAUUACAACAUAGCCCAUGUAGGGCUCAUUACACUGGCUAUUGCUCUUUUGUCUCCAAUCGCCAUCUAUUUUAGAGACGCCAAAGGUGUUCGAAAAUAUCCUGCCGCCGGGCCAUGCGGCAUUGCUGCCUUCACCCCACUGUGGCUGAUGUAUUACAACUGGUACGGCACACGAUGGAAGGCCGUUCAGAACGCACAUGAGAAACUUGGAACCGUCGUCAGGAUUUCUCCAAACCACCUUUCAUUUACUGAUCCAGCUGCCUACAAAGACAUUUACGGUCAAAAAGCAAAUAUAGUCAAGGACAUAUUCUACAGUAACAUGGCUGGCAACACCCCAAACAUGGCAGACGCAACAGACCGCGCGGACCACGCGAGGAAGAGGAAGUAUUUUGCAGCCAUAUUCUCAGCCAAGAAUGUCGGUACAUUGGAGCCUCGUGUCAAAACUUGCGUUCAGAAGAUCUUGAACUGCCUGGGGCAUAAGGCGAAAGGCGAGAAAGUGGCAGUGACAGAUCGCUUCGAUACCCGCAAAGACGGCAGCUUCGAUGUUCGCCCCUGGUUUAACAUGUUCACUUAUGAUGCCAUCAGCUCAAUGAUGUGGUCAGAAAGCUUUGGAUUCCUCGAUAAGGGCGAUGAUCUAUGCAUUGCAGAAUUACCCAGCGGCGAAACGAAGGAAGUACAUGCCAUGGAGACAUUCCAAACUGGUGUAUGGUUUAGCGUUUUUUGCGCCCACCUUCCUCUUUUCGCAUACAACAUUUUUCGCCUUUUGACAAGCAUGUCCAAACUGACACGUUCGGCUGAAGACUUUGGAAAUAUAGCACGACACAAGACAAAUAAACGGCUUAAGUUCUCUCCUGAGGAACCCGAUAUCUUCUCACAGUUUCCCGUGGAGGCCGAUGAAAAAGGUCGCAUGCCAUUACCAAUGUGGGAGAUUGUUGCAGAGAGUAGCGUAAUGCUGAAUGCAGGCAAUGACACCACCCAAACAACGUUGACCAACAAUAUCCUGGUUCUGGCUACCCAUCCUCAGGUACAGACUAAACUGCGCACAGCCUUAAUGAACAAUAUUCCAGCCAACGAAAGGCCUGUUGCCUCAUACUUGACCCUUAGCCAAAUUCCCUACCUAAGGGCAGUUCUGGAUGAGACGUUCCGUGUCCUCACACCCCAGCGAUUUGGAUUACCACGAAGAACUGUUGGUUUUUCCACGAUUGCCGGUCAUUGUAUCGCACCGGAAGUGACUGUGUCAUCCCCUUUGAGCGAGCUUCAUGCCAACCCAAGCUUGUUCUCCAAACCACGAGAAUGGAUCCCCGAGCGGUGGCUCGCAGAUAAUCCGGAUUUCACAGAUGUGGAGAGACGCAACCUCAAAGACUUCGUCAUGCCAUUCACGACGGGCACAAGGGCCUGUAUCGGCCGUAAUUUAGCGUAUAUGGAAAUCAGCAUCACGUUGGCGGCGUUGGUCAUGUCGUUUGAGUGGAAAAUGGCAGAUGGCCCGAUAGAGGACAACUUUGGUCAGUUUGAGCGUAUCACAUCGAACCCGACCAAAUUGUACGUGAAGGCUACUCCACUUAUGUAG